UUCGAUUUGAAUAUUUUAAUCUUGAAUUCAUUUUAAUGUGAAAUAUUUGAUUUAAUUAUCCUUAAUUUAUAAUUUCUUUUUAUUUUAUUUUUAUUCCUCAUUUUAUUCCUCUAGUUUUAAAUUUUAUCAUGAAUUAACCCAUCUAACUUGAUUUUUAAAUUAAUUUUUUUAUUUCAUCCCUACAGUUAUGGAAUAUGAAUAGUUCUACUAAUUCUGCUGCUUAUUUUAGCAAGACCACCGAGGUAGUUGACUUUCUGGACGAGUUUAUUCGUUUUCGGAAGAAAGUGUUAAGCUCUUCUGACACUAACGUUUCUGAUUUUCCUCUCCCUAACCGUCCUUAUCGCAGAUCUAAAUUUUUAAACAGUCCUAAAGGUUCCAAACCUUCUGAUGACCCUGAAUUAAACGGUGUUCAUACAGAUGAUCAUAAAGAUCAUGACACUUUUAAUGAACUUAAACCUGCUCCCGAAGAUCUUAAUGACUCUAAUCAGGAUAACCUUCUAAACGUUGCCUUGCAAAUGUCUUCUGAUGAUGAGUUACAUCUCGACGCCUUCAUUUCACUGGUUGACGCUUAUUAUUCCAUGGUUCUUGAAUUCCCUAGUCUUGAUCAUUCUGAAUUUGAACUAAGUGAAGUUCUUAAAAAUGCUAAAAUCACAAACCGUAAAUUUCCUAAAAUUGAGAACAGAAUUGACAUUGAGUGGUCCAAGAAAACUGCCCAUGAACUCAAGUACCAGCGUCUGAUCAAGGAUAUUAAAGAGCUCCUGGUCCCUAGUCAAACUCGUUUUUCGGAGUACAAACCUCCCAUAAUUUCUGGCUUAAACAUAUUCUUUGGUGUUGCUCUUACCUUCAUUGGUUCUUACUCGAUUUCUGGCUUUCUUGGCCUCAAAGACCCUCUUUAUAAAUCCCUUAUUGGAGUCGUUGCUUCUUUUAUUGCGCUCGUCGUUGACACUGUCCUUUACUUAAUGAAACCCACAUCUUAAAUUUUUAAGUUUUUAAUCUUUGUACCAUAAACGGCACAGAUCUGUGCUGUGUAAUGUCUGCAGUCAGUUGUAUAUACUAUAUGAAAUGUACAACUUUAAUGUAUAUAUAUGUAAAA